AUGUUGCAACGACGCUACCCCAACUCUGAGAAACCCGUUGAUCGCCGUCUAGGCCGAUAUUCUCAAACCGCAAUUCUUUCCCCAGAUCAAACCGUCUCAUUUAAUCCCACCUCCAUCUGCCCUGUAUGCAAUCAAGCUGGAGGUCUCGCCAAGUGUGCUCCCAGAGACCACCAACGAAACCUACGCAGCAAGCACGACAUGAUCAAGAUAAGUCCCCGCUUCCCCCUCAAGCCCCAGCCAUCUGUUCGUGAUCUUGAGGACGAGUUGUCUCUCUACAAUAUCUUGAAACGCGUGGCUCGUGCGGGUAUGGAUUUCGGGGCGCUGGGCGAAUUGCUGGUAAAAUUGCUUUACAGGCGCGAUGAGUUUUGUCAUCGGGUUGUGACGGCGUUGGUGGAUGGUGGUGAGUGUCUUGAGACGGUUGCUGAUGCCAUGCUGCAGUAUUAUGAUAUUCGGGACUCUGAUGGGUCACCUCUUUGGAUUCUUCCGGAUAGAUAUUAA